CUGUCAAAGUAUGACAUAACCCAACUUUGUGGUCACUCUGUUUUGAUUCCGAAAAGAACGUUUUAGGGGCACUGAAAUGGGUCUAGUUGAAAUUUUUUCGACCCUAAAUAUGGCAAUUAAUCAUGAACACGAAGAACUGAUAAGUUUAUUAACGUACCUCGCACACCAGCCUGUUGAAACAAUCGUAGAUAUAGAAAGCACCACAAAAAUGGUUUCUGCUUUAAUAUCGCAACUUUUCGACAAAGAUUUUGAAAAUAAAUUUUUAAACAUGUUACAUAACCUCAAUGACUGCAACCAAAUACACGUGUCCAACAAUAACAAUGUUUUUAAAAUACAUAUCCGGGAUACAUUCGUCUUUAAAUUCCUGCUUAUUGUGUCGUUAAAAUACAGGAAAAGCCUCUUUAUUCAAUCAAACAGUACAAAAAGAUUUGUUCAAACACUAGUAGAAGAAAUUCUUAAAACGAUCGAUAUUCUAAAGUAUCAAAGUUCUUAUUUGUUAAGGUUUCUCGAGAUGAUUUUGAGGAAGCGGGAGGAUGUCUUGACACCCGAUUUAUCGCUGUUAAUCCUUCAAAACAUGAAUAAAGCGGCAUUUUCUCCAUUAACAGGUUUUAAAAACUGUGCCCAGAAUGUGAGUAGACUCAUAUUGAGGUCGUUGCCUCACGCUACGAAGAAGUAUUUGUGCAAUUUUAACAACCUUCCAAUUAAAGGCAUUGAUUUAAACGAUAUUUUAAAGCACUGCGAAGAAAAAGAAAUUCGCAUUGUUUUCACCUUAAUCAACAAACAAAUUUUAAAAUUAUUUUGUAAUAACACCGAUAGCAGAGAUGGUUCUUUUUACUACAAAGCGAUAACAAGCAUUUGUAACUUUGACGAAUUCGUCGAAGAAAUAUGGCCACAUUAUAGCCACCAUUUUCAAAAUUUCGAUGAAGGGGAAUUUUAUCAAAGUUUUUUGAAGUAUUGGAUCCCGAUAACCGUGAAAGAGUACAAAAGCGACUUUUACACGUUCAUUGCUGAAAAAGACGACGUCGACUUUCAAUUAAAAGCGUACACGUUACUGGAAACACGCAAAAAUGGUUUUUAUGACAACUCGUUCGAUUUAGACACUUUCAAUUUCUUAAAAUACGCGAAAACUAGCCACAUAGGUUUGAAAAUUGUUUGUACGUACUUAAAGAAGCAAAUGAAGCCGGACGAUUUUGAACUAAAUGCUGCUCUGUUUUAUCUCAAUCACUACUCCCACUCUGAGUUCCCUGAUGAAGUUUUGAAAACUCUGAAACAUUUGUUUUCGCAAAUAUUUUUGAACGGUCACAUGAAUUUGUACAAGUCGGAUCUUGCAGAUGUACAACUACACCUAAAUUUUUUGACUUCGGUUUAUCGAUUUUGUGGCCGAAUUUUAAAUGGUGUCAAUUAUGAAGUGUCCGCGCAACUUCUUAAACUCGUGUGGGAUGUGGCGUCAGGUUCUUCUUCCGUUUUAGUCACUUGUUUUAAAAUUGAUCGAGAAAAUGCGUAUGAAGUUGGGGGAAAUUUAUUGUAUCAAAAACUACUAAAUACAGGCUUUUGGGGAGAUACUUUUGGAAGUUUGUUGUUAGUAAAUUGUAUGGAAAGCCUUCUUGUUCGUGAAUUUAAGUAUUGCCCGAAGUUAAUUCAAGUCGUUAAAGAAAGAUACUUAGAUGUCAUUAACUUGGAAAGCUUGUCAAAUAUGACUAAGCUUUUAGAAGUUGUAAGUGAAACGGUUUGUUUACAAAGUUCUGAAAAAAUUCGCGCCUAUGCAGAUCUAAUUGUAUCGUACAAAAAAUUACAAGUCGAAGAUAUUGUAAAGCUGUGCCAUAUUUUUGAAAAUACAGUCCAUAAUUUUGAUCCGCCAAGUAUGUUCGUUUGUGUUUUAAUCUUAGACAUACUAGCAGUCGUUAUCACUUACGAUGAUAUCAAUGUUAAUGCGUUGAUAGAAAAAAGUUUGGAUUUUUUUGCCAAUAUUUUCGACGACGAUCUUAGCAGUGGUCUAAACACAAAAGACUAUAAAGUCCUCGAGUCCCUCAUCAACAACGUCAUCGAGUGUUUGACACUUUCAAAAUCCCAUUGGUCCGAACUGAACAAAGAGCGACUUUUGGACCACCUGUGUAAAAUAAUCCAAAGAAGCAACAUGAAACGACCGGUUUCUCUGGCCGCCAACUUCGUCAAUUUCUUCGGCUCGUCAAUGGAAUCAGACGAAGACAAAACACUGAAAAUAAAAUUAUUAGACCGAACUUUAAGGUCGCUUUAUCAUAAUAAACAAAGUGGAAAAAUUAGACGAAAUCCGGAAACCCGACUCGUCAUUCACGCUUUGUGUCUUUCAGAUAAGAAUCUAAACAAGCCAUUUCUGGUCUCAUCUUUAAAUUUCAUGCUUGAAGUCCUCUCAAAUCCAUUAUCUUCAGAUUCGACUUUAUCGUCAACUUUACACAGUUUAGAAGUGUUAGUGUCGGAUAAUUCGAUUCAUCAAUACACGCUUUCGUUUAUUGUGGACAUCAUCAAGCACUGUAUUCGUCUUUUUAACAAACCGAGUUGGAUUGUCAGGAAUGCCGAUCUGCAACUCAUGAAGUCGUUGAUCGAGCGAUUUUUAGGAGUUUCUCUGGACGAAAUCACCCGACCGAAGACAAUCGAGGAUUUAUUCAUGUUAUUUCCCUCCCUCGUUUCUCAUUUUUAUGAAGUUUUAUCAAAAAAAGAACUAAACGAUAGCGCUAUUUUAGUGCUUUUGUUUUUCUCGGAAUCGCAAAUCAAAAAUGACAUGUUCGUCCAAACCUGUCUAAGGAGAGAUUUUGAAAAAUUCCGCCACUUGUUUGUUCGGAUUAUGAAAAAUUAUUCAAACAAUGCGGGAUUUUUGGCUAUCAGGGCUUUCACGUCGUUGUGUCCGAGUGAUAAAAUUCCUUCCGUUUUUUCGGAAGUGGUGUAUUAUAUCCAACGGGAGUUCGUGCACAUGGACAAGAACGUUUUCGCGAAUUUAAUUAAACUUCUUCAGGAACUGGAUCAUAAGUACAAAUCGUCGCUAGUCCGAACACGUGAAGGUGUUAUCAGUCGUGCUGUGGAUGCUCUAGUUAAUUAUUUAAAGCCAUUUAAUUGUUUAUAUUUUAAUUUAUUAUCAGUAAGGUUGUGUACAGUUGAGGACUUAUCUGAUAAAAUCGUCGCGUCUCUUACUGAUGAAAUAGACUAUAAAAAACGCAUUUGGCUUAAUAAUUACAUUCCUUUCGUGGUUGCAGAAAUCGGGUUUGCUCAUCUGGGAAUUUUAUUAAAUAGGAUAUUACAGUGUCAUUUACCCGAAUUCUUACAAAUUAGAAUAUUGUCGAUUUUGGUGGAUAAAUCGACUCAUAAGUCGUUUCCGGCGACUGCAGUCCUGAAAGUUUUGGUUUUAAAGUUGGCCACGUUGUCCGAUGAUCAGACAUUUUUAAUCAUGGCCUACUCUAAAACGAUUUUGUUAAUCUACGAGUUCACACGUGACUUAAGUUUAUCGAGUGAUUUAAUUGCUCAGAUUAGACAAGAUUUUCAGACCGAGUGUAUUUACAAAGUCUUUAUUUACGUUUUGGCUUUAGCUCGUUCUGACUUUAAGACUAAUGACGAAGUAUUUUUAAAGAAAUGGGUUAAAAAAUACGUGGACGCCAUAGACCAAGACGAAGUUUUGGUCGAUUUAUCCAUCACUAUAACACAUUUAUAUGGACUUGUGUCAACUGAAGACAGAUAUGUUGUAAUAAAAUUAAUUUUUUAUUUAUUGUUAAACGAAUCUACUUGUUUUGAAAUGUGUAAGUUCGUGUCGUCGUUGACAAAUUCGCAUUGUUCUUCAGUUUUAGUUAGUCUUGUUAAUUUGCUGAAUUGUGAAAAUUUGAUGAGUUAUGUAGGUGAAAAGACAUUAGUUUUUAAAUUGCUAUUUGAAUUUUAUGAUUAUGUUGAUAGUUUAUCUGAUGAUUUGGUAGAAUCUGACACCUACUAUUUAAUUGAAAAUGAUUGUUCUUUACCUAAGCGGUAUAUUAAAAUGAUAAUACUUAAAUCGUUAAGCGCUUGUACAACGAGAAGUGCUGAACUUUGUAAAACUUGA